ACUUGUGUUUGCGUCAGGCGGGAGAGUGACACCGAGAUGAGAGGGAGCCUUUAGUAGCAGUGUAAGGCUGACCGUCAAUGACACAGUUUGAUCAGCAUCGCCGGAGAGAAUUACAAAACAAUAACAACCCCGAACAAGCCCAGAACCUGCGCCGCCAAACCAAGAAGAAGGUGCCGAGAGGAUCAAGGAUUUGUGCGAUUUUCAAAAAACACGAUGCAAUCCUAACGAGUGAAAUCGAUCGAUUACAACAGGUGUGGAACAGCAUGGCCAAACCAUUCGACGAGGGAACACCGUCUGAUCCGCGCGCUCAGGAACGCAUCGGUUCCAGCCUCGCCAACUGCAGUACCAGUGGUCGCGGGCAAUAUCUGCCCCAUGCCCACCUGCCCAGGUGCCAGGGAGACUACAGAGACCACUCGCCGACAGCUCCGAGCUUCAGGGGGCAUCUGACGUGCGGCAUGAACGCCACGGCCAACAGUUCACUGCCUGGCGAGUCACAGAGGAUUCAGUCGGCCAUGUCGGACAUUGACAUGACCGCUGCCUCUCUUCAGGGAAACAGCUUCCACAUCGAGACGGGCAACGACGAUGCCCUCAUCCGACAGGUCGGCAUCCAACUGCGCCUCAUGGGCGACCAGCUACACACCUCCCGCAUGGAACGGGUGAUGGAGAGGGACCAGCGACAUUGGCCCGUCUUGUACUGGAUGUUUCUCAACUUCUGCACGCACACCCUGGCCAUCUUCCGAGCGCCCCGAUGGUGGUGAACUUUCACGGAAGGAGCGGGCGGGCGCGGCGAGGAGUGGAGUUCGCCGCCGCCCGCCAGGAACAUUUGGGGACAAGCCCGGGAUUUCGGGAACGUCUCCUUUCUCGACAAACCUUGGCUCCGCUGGACGGACGUGACAAGGGAGCGGG